AUGAGCGAGCGAGCCGUGGGAGUUCAAGCUUCUCAGACUACCAUCGCGGGGCGUGCCUUCGAGAGAUACGGAGCAUCUGCAUGGUGUCCUACGGGCUUUGAGACCUUCACGCACUCCAGGCUUUAUCACGACAAUAUGCUUUUCACCAACGGACUUUUCAACGCUCCAGUCGAGAAUCCCACGAGGAUUCUCGACCUAGGCACUGGAUCUGGAAUCUUGGCGGGAGAAUUGGCAAAACGUUUCCCGGCCGCACUCGUGAUAGGAGUUGACAUUUUGGCGACGCAACCAGCCGAGUUUCCAUCGACUUGCGAAUACCGACGCGGGAACAUCGACGAGAGAUUGGAGUUUGAGAAUGAAUACUUCUGCUUCAUCGUUAUGCGAAAUGUCGGAGGAUACUUACGACGUCCAGAUCGGCUGUACGGCGAGGUUCUACGCUGCCUCAAACGAGGAGGCUAUUUUGAGCACAGCGAGAUAGACAUUUCACCUUCCUCCACCGAGACGCCACAUGAUCGUUGCACAGAACUUCGGCGUGGAGAAUACCAGUGCUCUAUUCCAGUGUUGCAACACUACGAGAUGUUGACGGGUUUUGCUCGAUUCCUUGGACGGCGAGUCGUAUUGGCCAAAGAUAUGUCUGGCUGCUUUGAGGACGCCAAGUUUGCGGAAAUCACUUCAAAGACCGUCGUGCUCUCGGGAUUCGAUGUGAAAGGAGAUGUUGAGAACCGGCUCGCGUGUCUCUAUUCUUUCUUUGCGGAAGUUCACUGCAAACAGCUGCGUUUUCCGAACGACAAGGAAAUGUUUGAUUCAUGCUCAUCGCUGAAAGAAAAAAACUUUGCUAGGCGCAUUAUCGUAUACGGCCGAGCCCCGUAA